AUGAAGCCAAAAAUGAUAGAAAGCCGAAAAGAAAAAUUUUUGAAAAAUGUUGGUCUACAACCAGUUAAAAUUCAAAGGCCUAUGGAAGAAAAAAAUGAUAUCAAUAUUUACGAAGAAAUAUGUUUUUAUUACCUUGAUGACGAUGGACGAGUGAUAUGUCGUCGUUGUCAUAAAAAAUUUAACAAAUGGUUCAAUUAUCGAUUGCAUUUUAAUAAAUUAUCAUGCCAUACAACUCUAAUAAAUUACAAACUAAAUACUUAUAAUGAUGUUUAUAAAAAAUACAAGUUAAAGAAAUCUAAGAAUAAAAAAAAAUUGAAUAAGCAUUUAAGUGAUUCUAAACUUAUGGAUUUAGAAACUUUGAACACUCGCAAAACAAGAAAUAGGUGUUACCAAAACACCAGAGCGGUUGUGACUGUAUCCAAAUCUUCAUCAGACAAGGGUUCAAUAAACUCAAAAAAAGCAACUGUUAAGACAUUAAAGAAAGAAGGUGAUGUAAUCUAUAUUAGUAGCGAUGAAAGUGUAGAAGAGUCGAACACAAAACCAAAUGGUUGCGAUAUUAUUAAAGUUCAAGAUAUUUCAAAUAGAACAAACACCAUUAGUCCAAAGUCACCUGAUGACAAUCAGAUGAUGCUAACCGUUAAAACAAAACGGAAUACCAAUGACUGA